AUGUACAAGCAGCCCAAUUGUCACCUCAGCGAGCUUGAUGUCGACAUCGACGGGGCAAGCUUGGAGGUCCAGCUUCACCGUGAUGGUGCCGAGAAGACAAAGCAUAGAGAAGGAAAGAAGCCGCAAGCCAAUCAAUUUCGGUACCGCCGUCCGACCCCAUACUCAGUCGAGCAUUAUCGACAUGAGGGAGCCUCGGGAGCCGAAAAUGACAAGUCUUCCGACGACUCGCCGAGAGGCAGGUCUCGGUCGUCAACAUUUACGCCAACCCGGACCCGAGCCCCAACUCCUCAUCCACAUGCCCAUGCACACAAGUCUCAGAAGACAGAAACCAACAAAACAGUCCGUUUCACAGAUCCAUUGGAGCCGCAGUCCCUCGUACAGAAAGGCGAGACAGCAACCGCGCCGCCCAAAAGGAAGUCUGCUAUGAAGAGAGAUCCAGAGAGCCAGAAGAGGGAAGAAAAGCCGAUUGAGAAAGAGAAGGGUCGGGCUGGAAAAUCGUCAGAAGCUCAUGCUACGCACCAUAUUAGGGUGGCAGUGACGCCGAAUGAUGUUCAGUCCUGUACUUUGCGCCGCGAUACUGGCAGACGCUCCUCCGUCCCAAGACCGAAGUUCGCCGUCUCGAGGUCGUACACAUCAUCAAGGUCGAUCAUCGGUCAAGAGCGCCCACCAAGCCCUCUCAUGCCCCAAGCCGUCCCGGCCUCAUUGCGCCUCUCCCAGCGCCGGAGUCGAGUCCCGACCUUCUCCGCUUCUGCUUUAGCACCUUCAGCUACGUCAUCAGAGAGUCACAUCCCCACGGCAGCAAGGGACUUCUCGUUGGACAGCAAGCCCGAAAUUUUUACCGUCCACUCCCACUCAGCCCACAAAAGCCGUCACACUAGCGUGACCAAGGACAGUUUCUCGCCGCCUCCGUCAACCUCAUACCUGCAGCCGAAACCUAAGCGCAACGGCACCAUACUCCCUCCAACGGUCAAGACCGAGCGCCGACCGAUCUGCGAUGAAGAUAGCGGCAAUAUCAAGAAAUGUUCCUCGGCCUCUCCUGUUCAAACCAGGGAGAUCAAGCCCGCUGCUUCUCUGCCCAAGUUGCCGCUGCCAUCGUCCGCUUCUUUCUCAUCAUUCCCUUCGGCCAAAUCUUCUUGGGGUGACCUUGACGCCUCUAGUAGUUGUAUCGCUCUCGUGUCCGGCGACAGUUCCAAGACUCCUCAGCCGGCGGCUUUGUCUCGCAAUCGCGAUAAUUUGCCCAAGACCUCAAAGAUGUCAUCUGCGAUCUUGAGCUCGUCCACGUCGUCGUCGUCGUCGUCGUACCGCUCAGCAAAGAGUGAUGACGUGACUGUCUAUGGUGAGAAUGGCAACAGCACGGCUUCGACCUCUCUGUUUCAGGGCCGGAAUUAUCCCAACACUGCCACUGGUCUUGCAGCAAGUAGCACCUCGAGCUAUGUCACCGCAAAAAGCUACCUCAGCACUACCAACAGCAGCGACACCAAUGCCAACACCCCAAGCUCAAUGGCCGCCAGCUCUACCUCUAUGGAGACCGAAUACAUCCCAUCCCUGCAAUCCGAGCUCUGGAACACGAUCACGAACUUUUGCCGCUCCGAUUCCUCUUCAGUGCUGCCAGGGGAGCGAUACUGUGACUGCGACGAUUGCGUCUGGGGCGAGGAGAGGGAUGUUGCGGGCUGCAGCACGGUCGCUAGGGUCGAAGAAGGAAAUUGUAGGGCGAGGAGGGUGUAG